AUGGGCUUUCACAAAUCUUCCAUGGACAUCAAGCUCAAAGAAGGACAUGUCCUCACUGCUUACUGUCGUCGACCCACUGGAGAAGCAAUCUACUCAGAACUCGACCUGGACGAGCUGCUAGGAACACGGAAAGGAGAAUUCGCCUGGGGAUAUAAGGACUUUUCCGCAAGUUCCCAAGAUGUCAAUUUGGAACUGGAAGGUCCGACCAAUGAGCCAAUGCUACACGCAAAGGUCGAUGACGGAGUCGGACACCUGCGCGAGAGCGAAGUGAACCUGGCCGGUUGCAUUAAGAAUAUAGAUGGGAAUUUGCGUUUCAUGGAUUGCUUCUAG